CAACCUGUCCAGCCUCAUGGUGGAGGUGUUUAGCUAGCAUAGCAGCAAGUUCAUCUGAUUCUGGUCCUGCAUGUACCUUAUCCAUGAUCAAUGGUCGGUGAACAGGUUGGUGGAUAACAAGAAGACGUUGUUGUUAGUUGCAUGGACUUUGUGAUCCUGAAUGAACAUUAAAGAGGCUACCUACUUCUCUUUCAACUUCUUUUGACGCGCAUCCGGAGAAAAAUAAACCUUCUUUGGUCUGAAAGCGUUGACCCCAACAGUCACAAAAACACCUUAAAGGGUCGUCAUCCAAUUGUGUAAAGAUUUCAGUGAACAUGAGUGCCAACCUGAGAGUUGGUUUCAUCGGAGCGGGUAAAAUGGCCUCGGCCUUAGCUCAAGGCUUCAUUAAAGGUCAGGCCGUCAAAUGUGCUUCGCACGUGUCUGCCAGUUGUCCAAUCGCUGACAAGCAUCUUUUGGAACACAUGAAACAAAUGGGUUGUCAGACAUUCCAUUGCAAUAAAGAGCUCAUGGAUUGCUCUGAUGUGGUCAUUCUGGCCGUCAAACCUCAAAUCAUGCCAUUGGUUCUCCCCGAUAUCAAAUCAUUGGUAGCCUCUAAACUCAUGGUGUCGAUUGCGGCAGGAGUCCAGCUUGCCCAGCUCCAAGCAGAUCUUAAUCCCGACUCCAAGAUUGUCCGAUUAAUGCCCAACACCCCGUGUAUCGUGCGGGAAGGGGUGUCAGUCUUUUGCUCAGGGCCUCAAGUUACACCACAAGACAACGCAACGGUAAAACAACUCUUUGGAACGGUUGGACAAAUCGAUGAGGUUAAAGAAUCGAUGAUUGAUGCAGUCACGGGCGUGUCAGGAUCUGGCCCUGCCUACAUGUACUUAAUCAUUGAGGCGAUGGCAGACGGUGGGGUCAAGCAAGGACUCCCAAGAGAUCUGGCCUACAAGUUGGCAGCUCAGACGAUGGUCGGUGCUGGUCGUAUGGUUUUAGACACACAUACUCAUCCUGCUGUAUUGAAGGACGAGGUCUGCUCCCCCGGGGGUACCACGAUCACGGCUUUGGACAUGUUGGAAAAGAGCGGCCUUAGGACCAGUAUCAUGCAGGCUGUGGAGGCCGCCACCAAACGAUGUACUCAGAUCUCAUGAUCUAAAUUACUCGACAGAGUUUGGAGAUUUUUAACUGUGAUCCUUAUCUCAUCCUUGGUGCUGUUAUAUAUGAUCGAUUUAGAUACGGAUGAGGAAUGCAUGUAAAAUUGACAAAGGUUUUCGUGUAUUGUGGUGUGUCAUCGUCUGUAUGUACUUGGAACUUGAAAGCGGAUGCCAGAUCUGCUAGAGCAUUACAUUUCCUAUUUUUCCAACUAA